AUGGCUGCGCGGUUUCCAACUCCCGGGUUAAAGGACGGUGUCGACUUCGCGGGCACGGUAGCAGCCGUCGGAGCAGAGGUUGAAGACUUUGAAGUGGGAGACGGCGUUUUCGGUUGUGUUCCUAGCAACAAGCAAGACGACCCGGAAUCAGGUUCCUUCGGCGAAUAUGUGAAGAUUGAAGCCAUCUACGCUCUGCGUAUCCCUCCAAAUACAUCGUUUGAGCAGGCCCUCGCUUUCGGGCCCGCCUGCGUUUCUACGGUUGCGUUGGCGCUGCAUGAGAGCCUUAAAAUGCCAGUGACACCGGACGAGGUCGCAGGCCACAAGGGUCACAAAGAAGGAGAGGCAGUGCUUGUAUAUGGAGGUAGUAGCUCUGUUGGGUUGUUGGCUAUACAACUGCUCAAGCUAAACUUUACCCUCGUUAAGAAAUACGGGGCAGAUGCUGUUUUUGACUACCGUUCCCGUACGUGCGCCGCUGAUAUAAAAGCGUACACGCGCAACAAGCUCAAGCGCGUUAUCGACCCAUUCGGUGAAAUCGCAACCACGUCCCUCUGCUACGAGGCCAUCGGAAGAGCGGGGGGCGUAUAUUGCGCCCUCGAACAGUACCAGGAGUCUCUUUGCACGCGCCAGACAGUUCGGCAUCAGUUGAUCAUGGGACCGGCGAUCCUCGGUAGAGGGGUUUUGCUCCCAGAGCCUUACGGUGUGAAAGCGGAUCAGGAGCUCCAUGAGUGGUCUAAGAAGUUUUACCAGAGUCUGCAGAUCCUGAUCGACGAAGGGAGGCUAAAGCCGCUGCCGAUCAAAAUUUUGGAGCCUUCCGGAUUCGACACGGUGCUCGUAGGUUUGGAGUUACUGAAAGCCAAGCAGGUUUCGGGACAGAAAUUGGUCGUACGAGUAGUGACUUAG